AUGUCUAACAGCGCGACUGCCGCUCAGCAUGACGAAGUCAUGGCUACGCUCCGUCUCAUUCAAGCGACUCAGAAGGAUAUCUUAGAGCGUGUCGAACGCGCCGAGCACGGUCCUGCAGGAGGACCUAACUUGACUGCUCGAGAUGACUUGGAAGCUCAAGAGUCGCGAUCUCAGGAGUUGCGACCUGAAGAACCGCGGCGUCAAGAACCGCGGCCCAGCGAAGCUAUCCAAGAACGCCCUCAGUCCGAAGUGGAAGGACGAGAGAAAGAAGACACUCUGACCGCGCCCGAGUCUCCGGUUCGCAAACGUCCCCGAUUAAUGACCUAUCUGGAGGUCGCAGUCCAGUACAAAUUCGCCUACAUCUCUGACGCUCUGAUGCAAAUCAGGCUUGAGAGCAAUGGAGCUCAAUGCUCGAUUUGCAAGAGCCGGGUCACAGAGGAUUGCUUCUUCAGUCAACAUGUCGCCUGGUGUCUCUACCACAAACACUCUGCCGUACCCGCGUUGGCGAAUCUGGUUGAGCCCACUACUAGGUGCCUACACAAGGAGUCCGGCUAUAAAUGCCAGGUGGUCCAAUGCGAUUUGACGCGGGAUGAAUACGAUGAGAAAGUUGGGAACAUGGAACGGGUCGCCGGCGUCGGAGACGGUAUGCGGGUGGCAUGA